AUGGGAAUGUCAGCAAGAUUUGCAACGCAACCAGACGUAGUUGCCCGGGGGCCGAUGUAUCGCGCUGAAGCUACCAAAGCCCUGAAAGACGACCUUGAACAUAUCUGCAUAGAGAACAUCCAGGCCUGCAUCUUGGUGGGAAACAACUUCUUUGGUGAAGGCGACGCUGAUGCGGAGUCGUUGUAUUUUGGACUCGCGAGCCGGAUGUCUCAAAUCCUCAAACUUGGCGUUUCUGAUGACUCCGACGAUGGUAUCACCCGCGAAGUCAAGCGAAGAAUAUACUGGACAUGCUUCAUCAUCGACACCUGGGCCAGCGGUGGAUCCAAUCUAUCAAGACAGUUCAAAUGGCAAAAUGCUCACCCUCGACCCCCAAUGGAUGAGUACAUCUGGAACCAAAUGAAAGGAGGAGACCCGGAUAUUCCUUAUUCGCAAUGGAAGCCUGGUCUCUGGGGCUACAUGGUGAAUCUGGUCGAGAUAUAUACCGAAAUACAGAACUUUCACCAAGAUCUCGCUGAUACAACUGAAUGGGACGAGUUGUUAAUCGACGAUACGGUUCGACACCUCGAAAACAAACUUGUCGCUUUUGAAGAUACCAUUGGACCUACACUUACGUUUUCAAGGGAAAACUUGGCAACAUUUGUGGAUCGUGGCUUGGGUCGUGUCUUUAUUGCCUUUCACCUCGGCUAUCAUCAUUAUUACACUCUGCUAUUCUACCACGACCUGGAUCGACGUCGACCGCAAACAAGAAACAGUAGAAAAUACUCUGCAACUUGUAAAGAGCAUGCUAUAGUUGUCUGCGAAGUACUCAAGGCGUCCAGAGAAGUCCCUGGAGCUGAAGCCUUGUAUAAUAUCGUGGGUCACGUCACUAUCGUGUCCUCUUCCGUUCUCCUGCAUACAUUCAUGUUUGGCGAAGCUCAUGAGCUUGAAGACUCACGGGCUCGUCUUGGAUCGAAUUUGGAAUCUUUGGUACAGCUAAGGAGAUAUUGGCCAAGUGUUGAGAGGAUGAUCAAUCGAUUAGUGGUCUUUCAACGAAGCUGUAUUAACUCAAAGAAUAUUGAGUCAUACAGGUUUGACAAAUGGAUGGUCAAGUUUUUGAUUGCUCAUGCUCUUGCGCUCGAGGACAAGGUAGAUGAAGGUUGGCCUAGUCAUUAUGCUGAGCCAUCAAAUCGGGAUAUUCAGAUUGAGCGCGGCUUGAUCACACAAGCGAUGAUUACCGAUAUUCAGAAGUAUAAUAGAGGUGAAAUUAUCCAAUAG